AUGUUAGAUCUUUCUUUUCCUGUUUUGGACCAGUACAAGCAUUUCUGUGAGGAGAUCCAGACCCGUCAGUACCGCUCCCUGGAAGUCCUGCUUGGUUCAGAUUACGGUCCUCCUGCUGACAUCUGGAGCGUCGCCUGCAUGGCCUUCGAGCUGGUCACUGGAGACUCUCUCUUCCACCCCGAAGCCCGGGAGUUCAUUUCCCUGGAGGAAGACCACAUCUCCCAGAUCAUUGAGCUGCUUGGUAAAAUUCCUCCAGUCGUCGCUCUGUCAGGAAAAUAUUCUGCGGAGUACUUCACCCGUCGAGGUGAUCUUCAUCGCGGCGGUUCACUGAGGCUCUGGAGCCUUUACGAUGUUCUAGUAGAGAAAUACAACUUCCUGUUAGAGGAGGCCUCUGGAUUCUCAGAUUUUCUCCUUCACAUGUUGGAUUACCGCUCAGAGCGGAGGGCAACUGCUGCACGGUGCCUCCGACACCCGUGGCUGACCUCCGAUUAA